GUAAUGUUGCCAGGGCAACAGGAACGAGGAAGAAGGGUAAUCUUUGGGCUGGCCAUCUUGUCUGGAGAAGAUUAGUAAUAACGAUUUAGCUAAAUUAGCUUCCUGUUGUUUUUCUAACAUCAUGGCAGCUAUGUUGGAUGUUCUCUGGGAGGAUAGAGAUGUUAGAUUCGAUAUAACCGCACAGCAAAUGAAGACGCGACCUGGCGAGGUCUUGAUAGACUGCCUUGAUUCCAUUGAAGACACCAAAGGAAAUAAUGGGGAUCGAGGGAGGCUCCUGGUAACAAAUCUGAGGAUCAUCUGGCAUUCUUUGGCUCUGCCAAGAGUCAAUUUGUCUGUUGGAUACAAUUCCAUUAUUAACAUCACAACAAGGACAGCUAACUCUAAAUUGAGAGGCCAGACUGAAGCACUGUAUAUCUUGACAAAGUCUAACAAUACAAGAUUUGAGUUCAUUUUCACCAAUGUGGUUCCAGGGAGUCCAAGACUAUUUACAUCUGUCAUUGCUGUUCACAGGGCUUAUGAGACCUCUAAAAUGUACCGUGACCUGAAGCUGAGAGGAGCUCUCAUUCAAAAUAAACAACUGAGGCUUUUGCCUCGAGAGGAAGUGUAUGACAAAAUCAACGGGGUGUGGAAUUUAUCCAGUGACCAGGGUAAUCUAGGGACCUUUUUCAUCACUAAUGUUCGGAUCGUGUGGCAUGCCAAUAUGAACGAGAGCUUCAACGUCAGCAUUCCCUAUCUUCAAAUUCGUUCCAUCAGAAUAAGAGACUCAAAGUUUGGCCUAGCUUUGGUGAUAGAAAGCUCUCAGCAGACUGGAGGAUAUGUGCUUGGAUUUAAGAUCGACCCAAUGGAUAAGCUUCAAGAUGCAGUUAAAGAGAUCAACUCUCUGCACAAAGUCUACUCUGCCAACCCCAUCUUUGGAGUGGACUAUGAGAUGGAGGAAAAGCCUCAGCCACUGGAGGAGCUGACAGUGGACCAGCCCCCUGAUGAUGUGGAAAUUGAGCCCGAUGAGCAGACUGAUGCUUUCACUGCUUACUUUGCUGAUGGAAAUAAGCAACAAGACCGGGAACCUAUGUUUUCUGAGGAGCUGGGAAUUGCAAUUGAAAAGUUGAAGGAGGGGUUCACACUUCAAGGACUCUGGGAAGUCAUGGGCUGAAGCAUGAACACUGAUAGGCGAGUUAGAUUAACCUAGUUCCUCAAAUCCUCCCUUUCAAAUGGCACAAUUGACACAGUUGUUUAUAACCAUUUGUAAAUGUACAACAUAUUUUGUCUAUUUAUUGAUACUUCUUGAUGUAUAUAGUAAAGAUGUAGACCUGAUCUGUGUAUGAGUGACGUGAAUUUUAAGUGAUUUCUAAAUAAAAACAAUUCUAUAUAAGUGUA